AUGCGACGGCAAGCGACCGUGCUAGGCGGGCUCGACCGCGCAGCUCUGGCAGAGCGGCGUAAACGGCUCGCUGCGACAGAAGAAAGUACGAUAACCGGUGAACCGGGUCCACAAAGACCCGCAGCCGCUCAGCAGGGCCCAGAAUGUACACCUCAAUUCCUCGAGAUGGACUUCUCGAGCAGCUACGAUCUACUUAACGGGAUCAGCAUUGGUGAUGGCACAUCUGGAAUGACUUCACCAGCAGCAACCCAAGUCGUUAUGGGCGAUAUCGAGAAAGACGCCUUGGUCGAUGCUUACUACAAGAACUUUCACAAGUUGCAUCCGUUCCUCCCGCCCAAAAGGCACUUUCUCAGACUUUGCCAAGAUCCGAGCAGACAGCUCAGCUUCACACCACUCAUUGCUGUCAUGCGCUUUGUUGGACAUAUUUUCAACUCGCACGGAUGGUCAAGUCUAUUGAAGGACUUCGCCGAGACGUGCUUUUCGCAGGCAUUACCAACGGAUCCAGUUAUGGUCCAAUGCCGACUCUUAUAUUCAAUGGCUUUGUUCUGGUACGACUAUAAGGCUGAAUCCAAAAUGGAGAUGAAAAAGGCUAUUCAUCUUGCCGUUGAUCUCCAUAUGUUUUCUCAAGACUUUGCGACGAAACAUGGUGCCGACGACCCCGUAUUGAGGGAAUGCUGGAGAAGGACGUGGUGGAUGCUUUACCUCGUAGACGCAUACUAUGCUGGAACCCUCGGCACUAUGAAUUUUGAAGUCGUGGAUAUUGAGGUCACGGUGGAUCUGCCCUGUGAAGAGUCUGAAUUUGAGUCCGGGAAAAUUCCCGCACCCAAAACCUUGGAGGAAUUUGACUGCCGCGAAUUCUCUCCUGAAAGUACCUUCUCAUCCUUUGCGUACUUGAUCGGUGCUGUACGCUGUGCGGCAUCUGCAAUAUCGUGCGCACCAAAAAUUGCAAAUAAAGAAGACUCGAUGCAUAUCCUUCAGGCUGCUGACUCCAGUCUGGAUGGCUGGCGACUUCUACUUCCAGAGAAUCGCAAGCAGGUCAUUUCCAAAACGGGAGAAAUCGACGAACUCAUGUUUCAAGCACACCUACUCAUUCAUGUAGCCACCAUCGGAUUACAUCGACCAUUCUCCGAUCUCAAGUUCAACGCCGUAGAAGACGUCUCGAGCUGCGCUCGAGAACCGCCUCUCGACACACCAACACCAGAACUUGUCAACGUGCAUACGGUGCGAGUCCUCCGGUCCGUCGAAGCACAAAUACGCCUUUUGGCAUUGCCGGUCCGCCAAUUCCACCACACCCCAUUCACAACCUGCAUGGUCAGCGAAGGCACCCUGGCGCUCCUCUCAGCCUGCAAUUAUCUGUUCAAGAGCAGGGAUCUGGCAACCGCAAGAGACCAGAUCCGCAUGACUAUCGGGUGUCUGAAGGCAUUGGGUGAAAUCUGGCCACGGACAGCAAGAAAUGUGCGAGAGAUCCAAACUAUUGCGCAUCAUGUGUUGGGAAUUGGGUCGAAGAAUACCAGUAAAAGUGUUACUCCCAAUUCCAGCGAAGUGCCGCCUCUGUUUGGUGGUCAAGAGCAAAGAAGUCAUGGCUCCGAGGGUGAGAUUUCGAGUAACGAUACUGAUAUGCUGCCCUCUCUUGGCUCUAUCGAGGAUCUCUGUGGAUGGUAUAACCUUGGAGAUCUCGAUGGCCUUCCGUGGGGAAUGACUGAUGGAUGA